GACCUCUGGAUCAAACAUUUCGCUGGCAUUGAAGGUGGGACAUGCAUCGAUCCCGUGCUCCUUGCUAGGAACAUACAGCAAGGCCAGCUCGCACGUAAUCUUGAUGACUACUGUGUUACGGCCGACGAUGUCCCGUCUAGGCUCGAGCUCGAACAGUCGUUGCGACAGACACAGGUUGGUAAAGCCUUCGGGCUGGACAAGGUCCCUGGAGAGGUCCUGCACGCCGCUGCGGGGUCUUCCUCGAAGGCCCUCUACCAACUGUUCCUGAAAGCUUCUCUCAGAGUUGCUGAACCCAUUCAGUUCAAGGGAGGGAGCCUCUUCGCGAUCUGGAAGGGGAAAUCGAGCACGGCUAAGGCUUCCGCCUAUAGAGGCAUCCUCGUCAGUUCGGUCACAGGCAAGUCCUUCCAUCGCGCCAUACGCAACAGGUCUGUUGAUGCCCUUCGCAACUUUGGGCAGCCUAUGCAAAUAGGGGGGUUGCCAAGUUUCCCGGUUACCAUGGGGUCGCACUUCGUGAGACUCUUUCAAGCCGGGAGCCACAGACGCAGACGGAGCCAUGGACUUUUGUUCCUGGACCUUCGUGAGGCCUUCUACAGGGUGGUGAGACCUCUCUUGGCGUACUCACCCUGGGGGGACGAGGACUUUGCCAAGGUGGCCCAGCUGGUCAGGCUACCGCCGGAGGUUAUGCACGAACUCCAUGUCCACCUUGGGCAGCGUCCUGUUCUGUCUGAGGCUGGCACAUCGGCCUGGACGACGGCUUGCAUGUCAGAAGCCCUUGUUGGAACCUGGUUUCGUUUCCAGGGCGGAGAGAAAGUUGUGCGUACUGACAUCGGCUCUCGUCCCGGGGACAAUCUUGCGGAUGUCUGUUUUUCCUUCAUUUUCGCAAAGGUUCUUCAGGCUGUCCAGGCCGACCUCCAACAGCUCGGCAUUCUUCCCGAGAUCCCCUGGGCGAACGAGAUGUUGGGCAACAUCUUUAGCGUCGGUGCGCCUUGUGCUGAAGCCUUGCAACCACUGGACGCGACGUGGAUGGAUGAUGCCUCUUUUCUGAUUGCGUCGCCCAAUGCCGGAGCACUUGCCGGUGCCAUGGAGGCUACUGGCAGGGCAGUUGUAGAUGCGUGUGCCUCACGGGCCCUUCUACCCAACCUUGACCGGGGGAAGACCGAGUUCAUAGCCUGCGCCCUAGGUCCUGGCUCUCGCAAAGUGCGCGUCCGUCUUGUCCCGACUUACCAGCACUUGGGUGGGUUCAUCCACCAUGAUGCCUCGCUUUCCAGGGAGUUGAAGCACAGAGUUGGUUUGGCCUGGAAGUCCUUCAACGCCCGGCGUAUGAAGAUUUUCGGUGCCCCAGGGAUUGCGCGCCGUGACAAGGUGUUGCUUUACGAGUCACUGAUACUGACAGUCCUCCUGUACGGUGCAGGUACAUGGGAUACUUUGCAGGGGCCCGAGUUGGCCAUCCUUGAGACGGCCUACCACGGCAUGGCCUGCUACAUGCUCCGUCCUGCCUUUACAUACGAGCAGGCGAUGCACAUGAGCCGGAGCCGGGUGUUGUCUCUCUUGGGCCUCCCGUCGAUCCCGGUGUUGCUGCAUGUGGCUAGGAGUCUUGGCUGGAGUCAGCUAGACAGUCGAUUUCCUGGCUAUGGGAGCACAUCGACAAUGGCGUUUGGACUCGCAGCUGGCAAGAAGCCUGGUCUGAAUGGAAAAUGUGGUGCCUCCACCGGCCGCGUCGGUGGAAAGGCGCGGUCCGCCGAGGACAACUGCAAGCGGUUCUCCAGGAGCGUUGGAGGUCGUCGGAGCGACACCACCACGGCCUCAUCUGCCGGCAGCUCCGCAGUGCUGGGGCAAUCCUUCCUCCUCAAGCGGCCAAUCCGACGCCUCAGCCGCACUUCUGUGUUCAGAGCGGGACACAAUGUCAGGCGGGACACGGGUGCCGAGUUGAGCCUGGCAUUGGCAGCAAGAGAGCCCCUGAUGAUGGCCGCUUCCAGGUUCUUGUCCUACGGGCUGGAUGAAGAAGCCCUGACGGAGUCAACUGCCUGGGAACGCGUUCGGGUUGCCUUCUCUUCUGUUUGCCUUCCAAUCCGGAAGAUACAGGCGACUGCGAGGAUUUGGCUCUCGCUGCUGGACGACGCCUGCAUAGAGGAUCCCUUCCCAACGGGAGUGCUGCGGAAAAUCGGCCAAUGGAUUUUGACGGCCCUGCUUGCUGAGUGGCUCGUUCCUUCCCCGGUUGUCAG